AUGUUUGAGAACGCGUGUCGCGCGAUCGGCCGCGUGCUUAACAUCCGAGGCAUCGACGACGAACAAGCAGACGUUAAAAGCUUGGUCAAGACUGCGCUAGAACGGGACGACGUCGGCGACUGGCUUCUUAUCAUCGACAACGCGGACGACAUAGACUUACUGUUUACAAGCUUGAAGCUGAUGACGUACCUCCCUUCCAGUAGGAAGGGCUCUAUCCUGCUUACAACUCGAAACCACCAAGCCGCAGCGAGGUUUAGUCCAGGUCGCCCUACGUAUCUAGAAGAGAUGGGUGGCAUAGAAGCCACUCAGCUCCUGUGCUGCGGCUUGGAUGAAAGCCAAAUGAGCGAUGCACAAAGCACAACACAGUUGCUCGAGCAUCUCACUUAUCUGCCUUUGGCUAUACGACAGGCAUCGGCUUAUAUGGCCUGCAACAAAAGCGUGACUGUGUCCAAAUACCUUGAGUAUUGUAAGGCCAGUAGCGAAAGGCUGGUGAAGCUGCUGAGUAAGGAAUUCGAAGACCAAUAUCGAUAUGAGGCCAUCUGGAACCCAGUAGCUACGACGUGGCUGAUAUCGUUUACGCACAUCUCAAGGGAUAACCCACUAGCAGCGAAGUACCUUAGUUUCAUGUGUUAUCUCGCAGAAAAAGACAUCCCCAGAGCUCUUUUGCCUCCUGAAGGAGACAGAAUAGAUACGGACGACGAGAUGGAGACUGACGAGGCGAUAAGCACGCUGAUGGCCUACGCGUUCAUUCUGAAGCGGGAAACUGUCGAUAGGUUCGAUAUCCACCGACUGGUGCGCUUGGUGAUGCGUAACUGGCUGAGGGAGCAGGGAAAAGAAGAAGAGCAGGUGAAUGAGACGAUUUACUGGCUUUGCGAGAGGUUUCCUUGGCCUGACUACAAGAACCGAGAAGUAUGGAUGGCCUACUUGCCGCAUGCGCAAGCAGCACUUCAAGUUGGGGACUGGUGCACGGACGAUGAGGCGUUAUGGAAUCUGCUGUCGAUUACAGGAGAAAGCAAUAACCUGCUUGGGAAGUACGAAGCGGCAGAGCAGAUGCAUCGACAGACACUGGAGCUGAAGAAGAAGGUGCUGGGACCCGAGAAUCCCUCCACACUCGACAGCAUGAACAACCUGGCACUCGUGCUCAACAGUCAGGGGAAGUACGACGAGGCAGAGCAGAUGCAUCGACAGACACUGGAGCUGAAGAAGAAGGUGCUGGGACCCGAGAAUCCCUCCACACUCGACAGCAUGAACAACCUGGCACUCGUGCUCAACAGUCAGGGGAAGUACGACGAGGCAGAGCAGAUGCAUCGGCAGACACUAGAUCUGUACAAAAAGGUGCUGGGACCCGAGAACCCCGACACACUCGACAGCAUGAACAACCUGGCACUCGUGCUUGACAGCCAGGGGAAGUACGACGAGGCAGAGCAGAUGCAUCGACAAACACUGGAGCUGAGGCAGAAGGUGCUGGGACCCGAGAAUCCCUCGACACUCAGCAGCAUGAACAACCUGGCAAACGUGCUUGAACGCCAGGGGAAGUACGACGAGGCAGAGCAGAUGCAUCGGCAGACACUAGAGCUGAAGGCGAAGGUGCUGGGACCAGAGAAUCCCUCGACACUCAGCAGCAUGAACAACCUGGCACUCGUGCUUCGAAGUCAGGGGAAGUACGACGAGGCAGAGCAGAUGCAUCGGCAGACACUAGAUCUGUACAAAAAGGUGCUGGGACCCGAGAACCCCGACACACUCGACAGCAUGAACAACCUGGCACUCGUGCUUGAAAGCCAGGGGAAGUACGACGAGGCAGAGAAGAUGCAUCGGCAGACACUGGAGCUGAGGCAGAAGGUGCUGGGACCGGAGAAUCCCUCGACACUCAGCAGCAUGAACAACCUGGCAAACGUGCUUGAACGCCAGGGGAAGUACGACGAGGCAGAGCAGAUGCAUCGGCAGACACUAGAUCUGUACAAAAAGGUGCUGGGACCCGAGAACCCCGACACACUCGACAGCAUGAACAACCUGGCACUCGUGCUUGAAAGCCAGGGGAAGUACGACGAGGCAGAGAAGAUGCAUCGGCAGACACUGGAGCUGAGGCAGAAGGUGCUGGGACCGGAGAAUCCCUCCACACUCGACAGCAUGAACAACCUGGCACUCGUGCUUAAAAGCCAGGGGAAGUACGACGAGGCAGAGCAGAUGCAUCGACAGGAACUGGGGCUAUGUAAGAAGGUGCUGGGACCAGAGAAUCCCUCGACACUCACCAGCAUGAACAACCUGGCACACGUGCUUGAACGCCAGGGGAAGUACGACGAGGCAGAGCAGAUGCAUCGGCAGACACUAGAGCUGAAGGCGAAGGUGCUGGGACCAGAGAAUCCCUCGACACUCAGCAGCAUGAACAACCUGGCACUCGUGCUUCGAAGUCAGGGGAAGUACGACGAGGCAGAGAAGAUGCAUCGGCAGACACUGGAGCUAAGGGAGAAGGUGCUGGGACCGGAGAAUCUCUCGACACUCAUCAGCAUGAACAACCUGGCACUCGUGCUUGAAAGCCAGGGGAAGUACGACGAGGCAGAGCAGAUGCAUCGGCAGACACUAGAGCUGAAGGCGAAGGUGCUGGGACCAGAGAAUCCCUCGACACUCAGCAGCAUGAACAACCUGGCACUCGUGCUUCGAAGUCAGGGGAAGUACGACGAGGCAGAGAAGAUGCAUCGGCAGACACUGGAGCUAAGGGAGAAGGUGCUGGGACCGGAGAAUCUCUCGACACUCAUCAGCAUGAACAACCUGGCACUCGUGCUUGAAAGCCAGGGGAAGUACGACGAGGCCGAGCAGAUGCAUCGUCAGACACUGGAGCUGAGGGAGAAGGUGCUGGGACCAGAGCAUCCCUCCACACUCACCAGCAUGGACAACCUGGCAGGCAUGCUUCGAAGCCAGGGGAAGUACGACGAAGCAGAGCAGAUGCAUCGACAGGCACUGGAGCAAAGGGCGAAACAUAGAGAUAUGUUUCACGUCAGCAGGAGCGCGGCAACUAUGGGCCUUCUCAGGACCAUGUAG